AUGGUCAAAGCAGUUGCAACCGUUCGAGGCGACUCCAAGGUCUCCGGAACCGUAACCUUCGAGCAGGCAUCCGAGUCCUCUCCCACCACCAUCACCUGGGACAUUACUGGCAACGAUGCCAACGCCGAGCGUGGCAUGCAUAUCCAUCAAUUUGGAGACAACACCAACGGUUGCACAUCCGCUGGUCCUCACUUCAACCCUUACGGCAAGACUCACGGUGCCCCUUCCGAUGAGACUCGCCACGUAGGUGAUUUGGGAAAUUUCAAGACCGAUGCCCAGGGCAACGGCAAGGGCUCUACUACGGACAAGCUCAUCAAGUUGAUCGGUCCUGAGAGCGUUAUCGGACGAACUGUUGUCGUCCACUCCGGAACCGAUGAUCUCGGCCAGGGAGGAAACGAGGAAUCCAAGAAGACUGGUAACGCUGGUACUCGACCUGCUUGCGGUGUCAUUGGCAUUGCUGCGUAA